AAUUUCCUUUCUGUUAUGGCCUUUCUAAUUUUCAGACUUAAACUGUUGAGUCCUCUAGUUUCUCUCGCUCUUUAUAAAUGUGGUGAAGCACAUAAUCUUUGAUACAUUUUCUGCACAUAGGGAAUUGAAAUUACAAAAUGGCACAGAAGACGGAUUGUAUGCAUGAUGAUUGAAUAAUUGGUUGAUGGACUUCUUCUUUAUAAUCCUUUUUUAGCAAGAAUUUAAAUUUUCUUGUAUGGAGCUCGCAAUUAUUCUUUGCUAGCUGGGGAGAACACAGAUCGGCUGGACCGCAUACUUCUGUUCUGUGUAAGCAUCCCUUAAUUUAUCCUAUUCACGAUCCACGUGUUUGUUUACUGGAGAACAGAACAUUGAAAAAUAUCAUUGGUGUGAUGGCCAUUAUGUUGUGGAAUUCCUUCUUUUAUUUUUCUAAUGGAUCUGUUUUCUUGUUUUAGUAGUUUGUGUUUAACACUUUAACUACAAACAAACAAAACAGGAAAUUAGAUUUGCCAUUAGUUUUUAAUGUAGCCUUUUCUGGAACAGCUUUCCUUAAGUAGAGGUCACGGAUUAAAAUACCAAUGUACCAUCCUAUAAAGAAGAGAAUCCACAGGUCCAAUAAAUUAUAAAUGGAACCUUGUUUUUUAACAUAGAUUCUUGCAUCCACUUUCCAUUUUAUUCUGUUGCUGUAGCAGUGUAUCCUUUUAUUUACCCCAUCUUCCUUCCCAUAUGUACCAUAAGGUUUUUUCAUUACUUCCCCUUGCUUCAUGCACAAUGGUAACCAAGGGAAACACAAUACCAAGCUUACUGUGCAGCUGUCUCUUCAUCCUUAUUUUCCUAGAUCAUCUCUGCUCUUCCCAAAAGACAUGCCCGGACUGUGGCUCCCUUAAAGUCCCAUAUCCACUAAGCACAAACCCCGGUUGUGGUGAUCCAGACUACUCUCUCAAAUGUGACCCCUUCUCUAAGAAACUCUAUGUCCCUGCCCUUAAUGGAAGUUACUAUCUAGUGCUUCAAAUUAUGGUUUCGCACCAGCGUAUGGUGGUACAACCAUCCCCAUGGCUGCCAGGAAAUGAGUGUGUUACUCGAGACAUGGUGGUGAGUGAAGGCCUCUGGUUAAACCAGUCACUUCCUUUCAACAUCACUUCAUCAAACACCAUCUUUCUCUUCAACUGCUCUCCGCGGCUCUUGGUUUCUCCUCUGAAUUGCACUCCCUCUAGUCUUUGUCACCGCUACUUGGAAAGCUCGGGGCAUGUUGACACACAACGAGCACUCAAGUGUGAGAGCACCCUCAACCUUUGCUGCACAUUUGUUGCUGGUGGAACACCUUCAGCAUACAAGAUUCGGCUUCACAGUUCAGGUUGCAAAGCCUUUAGAAGCAUUCUUCAUUUGGACGUAAACAAGCCUGUUGAUCAAUGGCAAGAUGGAUUGGAAGUUCAAUGGGCUCCUCCACAUGAACCGGUUUGUAGUGCACAGCCUGACUGUUCUAGCACUUCUAAAUGUUCACUUACUGCUACAAAUGGCCGCUCUCGCUGCUUCUGCAACAAGGGCUACUACUGGGAUCAAGUUCUGACAACUUGUGUGAAGAACAAGAGAAACACCAAAGCUAGCCUGAGUUUAAAGGUCUCAAUUGGGGUAAUCUCCUUUUUCGUUCUAGCUGUGGUUAUAUCCAUAAUUACAGUAAAAAGGGCCUGCAGAUUGUCUGAGCAGGAAAAGCUUAUAAAAGCGAGAGAAGACAUGUUGAAGAGCAAUGAUAAGAAAUCAGCUAGAAUGUUUCACUUGAAAGAAGUUAAGAAAGCCACUAAUGGAUUCUCUAAAGACCGAAUUUUAGGGAGUGGUGGUUUUGGAGAAGUGUACAAAGGAGAGCUUGAAGAUGGGACUAUAGUGGCUGUGAAGUCAGCUAAAGUGGGAAACAUAAAGAGCACAGAACAAGUAUUAAAUGAAGUUGGGAUUCUAUCCCAAGUCAAUCACAAGAACCUGGUCAGACUCUUGGGUUACUGCAUGGAAGCCGAACAGCCACUGAUGCUCUAUGAGUACAUUUCAAAUGGGACACUUAGUGAGCAUUUACAUGGUAAGUUUUCCACGUUUCUUGAAUGGAAAAGUAGGCUGAGAAUUGCUUUACAAACUGCAGAAGCAUUGGGAUACUUACAUUCUGCUGCUCACACUCCCAUCUACCAUAGAGAUGUCAAGUCAACCAAUAUAUUACUUGAUGAUGAAUUCAAUGCAAAAGUAUCAGAUUUCGGGCUCUCCAGGUUGGCUCUUCCGGGGUUGAGUCAUGUCUCAACUUGUGCUCAGGGUACAUUGGGGUACUUAGACCCUGAGUAUUACAAAAACUACCAAUUGACUGAUAAAAGUGAUGUUUAUAGUUAUGGGGUUGUGAUGCUUGAGCUUUUGACAUCACAGAAAGCCAUUGAUUUCUCGCGUGGCGAAGAUGAUGUGAAUCUAGUCAUUUAUGUGAGUGUAAGAGCCAGCAAUGGGACGAUUAUGGAAGUUGUGGAUCAGCGGCUGCUUAGAGAUAAAGAGUCUUCAGGGAAUGUUGUUGUGGGAAGUGUAAAGCUUUUCUUAGAUCUUGCUCUUGCUUGUCUGAGGGAAAAGAAGGGAGAUAGACCAACCAUGAAGGAUGUUGUUCAAGAACUCCAGUGCAUAAUCCAAACUUCAGAUCAAGAAGUGCUUCAUAAUUAAUCAAGUUGGUACUGUUAGAACUAUAUCAGUACGUGUACAAUACAUUACUCCUAAAAUAAUGGAAAUCUUCUCUUUCGAGACAAUUAA